AUGCCGUAUCUCGACAGACCUGAUGGCGCCAAGAUCUACUACGAGGUGAAGGGCUCCGGUAUUCCUGUGCUGCUCCUAGCUCCAGGCGGCAUGCGCUCCUCCAUCGCGAUGUGGGACAACAUGCCCUGGAAUCCAUGGACGAUGCUCGCCCUCUGUAGCUUCCGGCUCAUCGCCAUGGACCAGCGCAGUGCCCAGGUAGGCCCUGGCUUGUCGAGUGCCACCUUCUCAGCCGGAGAUGGCUGGCAGACCUUUGCGGACGAUCAGCUGGCCUUGCUGGAUCACCUGGGCAUUGAGAAGUCCUUGCUGCUAGGAUCUUGCAUCGGCCCUUCGUUUCAGCUGCGACUGCUGAAGGAGGCGCCACAGCGCUUCGCCGGUGCGGUGCUGCUGCAGCCGAUCGGGAUGAGCGUGCACACCACUGAACGGGAUGGAUGGUCCGGGAUCAACUCCGAGGCCACCCUCCACUGGUUUGGCGGUUGGGCCGAUGAGAUGGAGAAGGAAAAGAAAGCGGGACUCGACGAGCUGCGCAGCCUCUACGAGGCCAUGUUUGGCUCCGGCCGGGACUUCGUCUUCAGCGUCUCCCGCGAGGAUGUGCAGCAGAUGCAGACCCCCAUGCUGGUGAUGAUGGGCCUGGACCUCUACCACCCUGCGGAGACGGCCCGGGAGAUCGCACGCCUGGCCCCAGAGGCCGAGCUCGUGGAGAGGUGGCGCGACAGCCCGGAAGUGCUGGAAGAGGCGGUAGACAAGAUCCUGAGCUUUCUCUCACGAUGGGGCAUCUUGGCGGCAGAGUCUGCCCUGUUUCUCCCUGGCACCUGUGAUGGCGGAGGCUGCUUGCAUGGGGCAUGGGUCGGCGUGCACGGUGAUCGCAUCAGCAUCGCUGCAUCUUCUACCAGGCUCCGUGCUCUGAGCGCCGCGGACGAGGUCGCGCAGCUUCGAGAUCCUCCGCGAGUCCGAGCACCAGGGCCCGCCAUCGUCUCGGCUGCCUACGAAGUCAACCUUGCAAGUCGAACGCACUUUGGGGACUCGGCACCUGCGCCGCAGAGAGCAUCUUGGUUGGCCGAUGGGAUCUUUUUGUCGAAGCAGGCCGCUGAUCCUGGCGCCGUGCAAUCAGGUACCCUUCUGAUCUGGGACAACUUGCUGUCUGACUUGACCGGCAGCAGACUGCUAGCCGACUUCGCUGAGCAGCCGCCGCAGGGAGCUGCGAAUCUGGCUCGGUGCCCUGCGACAUCAGCAGUCCUGUGGCCUCCGCCGCUGGCCGCGGCGUGCGGGAGGGCGCUGGAGGUCCUGGCUCAGUCCAAUGCACAGGGCCCGGCCAACCUUGCGCGGUGCCGCGGUUCCCUCGAGACUUCCGGCGAGCAGGCUACGGAGUCGGUCUCUGAGCAUGGGCUGACGCACGUCCACCAGUCCGACGCGCAGGAGCUCAGCAACGCGGCGCGGCCGUCCGCGUACUCGCGGCUCCGUGGCGAUCCGACACCGGAGGCUGCCUCGAGGAUUGCGCUGCAGAGGGGACGCGAGCAGGACCGACUCGGCCGCUGCGUCCCGCGCCUGUGGCCCCAUGUUGAAAUUUCCGGCCCGACGCCUCUUGGAUACCAAGAGCCGCGCGUCAUCGUUAAUGUACCUGGCUUUAUUGUGCUGAUGAAGCCUGCUGGCUGGGAGACAGACGUCUACGACGUCUCAAAGUUUGGAGUUCCAAUCUCACCAGUCGCUCGAUUCUACCUGCUCUCGUCAUUCCUAGCUGCGCACAGCAACGAGGAGCAGUUCCCGAUCUCUCGAUGCGCAGAGAGUGGAUAUGGAUUCAUUCAUCGGUGUUGCCCAGUGCACCGGACCUUCUGCUUGGCAACGGCACAGAGAAAGGUUGGAUCAGAUGAGCUCCGGCCUCAUUCUGACCGCCACAUGCUUCUCGUGCCACGCUUUCCUGCAGUUCCAGAUGGCCACCUACCAGAUCGACAGGGA